AUGACGGGUAACGAAGUAGGAUUUGACAUCGUCGAGUUCGCUGACGAAACCGUAGUACUAGACGUUAUUGUACACGUAGUCAAGGGUGGUGAAUCUGGUUCAGAAAAAAAUGAUGAGCUAAAAAAUGUCGAAGUUCAAACGUCAAAUAGGAGCAGUAUUAAUAUCAGCAUUUCCGACGAAGAUGAAGAUUGGAAUCAAUUCUCUCAAAAUAAAUUAAUAAGCUCGAGCAGUGAAGAUGAAAAUACUACUCUUGGUGAAAAUAAUUUUUCAAAACAAAGUAAAAAACGUAAGUUUUUUAAGCCACGCUAUGUAAGUGAAUUAUUACCAUCAGAUUUUUUAUCACCCAAAAGAGCUAAAAGAACAAUUGAUUUAAUUAAGAACAUCGAUUUAAGCAAGUCGCAAAAAAUUAAGUAACUUUAAAGACAGACAAAAAGUCUCCAGAAAAAAAUACAAUCCUUGCAUGAUUUAAUAAAUCAUCUCAAAGAAAACCGUUUGUUAACUGACGAGAGUGGAGACGGCCUGAUGAUAAAAAAUAGAGGGCCAUUUAUAGUACCAUCGAAAGAUGUGAUCAAUAUCUGUAAAAUUUGGGAAAGAAUUAUUAGACAAUAUUCCAAUGAACUGUUAAAUAAAAAUAUAAAACAUAUUGUUACUAACCAAAUAUAUCGAAAAAUAGGUAUUAUGUUUAAUAAUGAUGAAAUGAAUGAACAUGUAUUGCUUCAAGAUUUCUUUGAUUACCAUCGAUAUCACUUAUUUAAGUGGAUUAUUGAAGUAUAUUUAAAUAUUCGAUUUUUCUAUGAAGCUAAAAAAUUAUCUGUUAAAGUAAAUUAUAUUCGACAAAAAUAUAAUAAGCUUAUAUUAUUUCAUAAUCAAUAA